AUGGCGACUCCUGAGGACCCUGAUAAUGAGGAAUUUGUGGAUGUUAAGAUUGGGAUGUUGGGGAAGAGGAGGGUGAAGAUAAGGGACCAGAAGAGGCCAAACAAUUGGAGGACAAAAGAGGUAACUCUUCAGAAAGAGUAUACUUCAGAUUCUGAAGAUUUGGACAGUCCAAGAGCUUCUGAUGAUGAACAUGAUCCUAGUCCAUGGUUACAUGCUUUAACUGACUUCAAGAAACCAAUCCAAUUGGUGAAAUAUCAGAAGUUCAUUAACAACACAGCGGUGAGGAAAGCUCUUAGGGUUCAUGCCAUUGAAAACAGGUAUGAAUAUUGGUAUUUGCAUAAUGAUAGUAGUAAGAUUACAAUACAAUGUAGGAAGAGGUGUCAGUGUAAAUGGAAUGCUAAAAAAUGUAGUCUUCCUACUUGUACAUGUGUUGGGGGUAGAAGAUGUCACUUUAGGGUGGUGGUUAGAAGGUCUGUAAACCAAGAUUUUUGGCAAAUAAAGAGAUUGAAUUUGAAGCAUAAUUGUCUUAGGGUUAGAAGCAAUCAUAACUUAACUGCUGAGUACUUAGCUGAGAAGUACAUUGAGGAUUUCAGAUCAGAUCCUGGGUUGAAGAUUAAAGCUUUCAGAAGGAAAGUUUUAGGGGACCUUAGGAUAGAAAUAACAUACAGUAAGGCUUGGAUGGCAAGGGCAAGGGCUAAACUGAUGAUUUAUGGCUCAGCAUCAGAACAGUAUGCUAGAGUUUGGGACUAUGGUAAGGUUGUUAUUAAGCAUAGCCCUAGAUCUGGUUGUGUAGUAGUAGUUGAUGGAGUAGAGAAGCCUGAACCUCCAUUAUUCUUAAGAAUGUACAUGUUUCUUGCACCUUUACCCAAAGGGUUUUUAUCUGGCUACAGGCCUUUGAUAGGGCUUGAUGGCACUCAUCUGAAGGGUCCCCACCCAGGACAGAUCCUAGUAGCAGUUGGUAAGGAUGGUAAUAACCACAUUUACCCUAUUGCUUGGGCUACAGUUGAGAUUGAGAACAAAGAAACAUAG